GAACUGUUGUGCUGCAAAAAUAUUAUUUUAACAAGUAUUAAAAUUCAAAAAGUAGUAUUUUGAUAGCCCUAAACAAAACAAGGCGGAUGACAAAUCUUUUGUAAAAUAGCUAAAUUCAAUAAAAUUUAACUAUAGUAUUUUAUAACAAAAUUGGUUAAAAUUUAUCACCAUGGGUUUUUUAACAAUAUUAAAGAAAAUGCGGCAAAAAGAGAAAGAAAUGCGAUUACUUUUAUUGGGUUUGGAUAAUGCUGGCAAAACAACUAUUUUAAAGCGGUUCAAUGGAGAAUCAAUAGACACUAUUUCACCAACUUUAGGUUUUAAUAUAAAAACACUUGAACAUAGAGGAUAUACACUUAAUAUGUGGGAUGUUGGUGGGCAGAAAUCACUCAGGUCUUAUUGGCGAAACUAUUUUGAAUGCACCGAUGGGUUAAUUUGGGUAGUUGAUAGCGCCGAUCGUAUGCGUUUGCAAGCAUGUAAAAAUGAAUUGGAAGUGUUAUUGAACGAGGAACGCUUAGCUGGAGCAUCACUUCUUGUCUUAGCGAAUAAACAGGAUUUGCCUGGAUCAUUAUCCGCGGCAGAAAUUAAAGAAAUUUUGGAGCUAGACAACAUAACAACACAUCAUUGGUUGGUAGUUGGUGUUAGCGCUGUGACUGGAGAAAAAUUACUUUCUGCGGUGGAUUGGUUAAUUGGUGAUAUAGCUAAACGCAUAUUCACAUUAGAUUAAUUAAGUAGAUCCGUAAAAAUAAUUCGUUUUUUUCAUGUAUUUAUUUUU